AUGAGAGUAUCAACCACUCGUAGGGAUUAUUACUUGGACACCUUGUCAGACAUACCUGGUUUUGAUUUUGACACGACAAUAGGACUCCCAAUGUGGGCUGGAAUUUCCAUGCUCUGUGAAAAGUGUGUUUUCUCCAGCUCAGAGGCCGAGAAUGGUGUGGAGGAGAAAAAGAAGGUCUGCAGGUCGCCAGCAGCCCUGUCCCCUGCUCUGUCCAGUGAGGCCGAGUCCGCAGACCAGAAGAGAAUCAUUUCCCUGCGGUCGAAAUCCAAUUUUGAUGGUGCCUCUUUAGCAAGUGAGAAGAACGACUGUAAAACAGAAAGCAAGAAUGACUCUAAGAUUGAAAGGAAAAAGUCCUCAUCUUCCAGCCAGGACAAGGCAAACAUGCACUUCCACAAGCUGUUUCUGGAUGUCCCCACUGAGGAACCCCUGAGGCAAAGUUUUACCUGUGCUCUACAGAAAGAAAUAUUAUACCAAGGGAAGCUCUUUGUAUCAGAAAACUGGAUUUGUUUUCAUUCCAAGGUCUUUGGAAAAGACACUAAGAUCUCUAUUCCGGCUUUCUCGGUAACCCUGAUAAAGAAAACCAAAACUGCCCUUCUGGUGCCAAAUGCCCUGAUUAUAGCGACAGUCACAGACAGGUACAUAUUUGUCUCCUUACUCUCCAGAGAUUCAACUUACAAACUACUAAAAUCUGUGUGUGGACACUUAGAAAAUACAAGUAUUGGCAACAGUCCCAAUCCAUCUUCUCUUGAAAACAGUUUCCAGGCAGACCGCCCUUCAUCUCUGCCUCUGGAUUUCAACGAUGAAUUCUCAGAUCUGGAUGGAGUGGUACGGCAAAGAAGGCAAGACAUGGAAGGAUACAGCAGUUCUGGAUCCCAGACUCCUGAAUCUGAGAACUCUCGAGAUUUCCAUGUGACAGAAUCCCAGACAGUUCUGAAUGUCUCCAAGGGAGAAGCAAAACCAACUCGGGCAGAUGCCCUUGUGAACAGAGUGCCUGAAGGAAAAGCCAAGAGUCUCCCUGGGCAUGGUCAGCCAGAAACCAUUGGAAUCAUACCCAGAGUCAAGUCUCAGAAAUGUCCGUCUCUCCACCAUAUUCUUAUAUUCUAUGCAAUUGUUGUCUGUGCACUAAUCAUCUCGACCUUCUACAUGAGAUACAGAAUUAAUUCUCUGGAGGAACAGCUGGGGUCACUAACCUCCAUUGUGGACACCCAUCAGACUGAACAGACAGCACCAUCCAGCCCGGGGUCACACGUACAGUUAAAUGUGGAGGUCCUGUGCCAAGAGCUUACAGCCAACAUAAUGAGACUAGAAAAGAUACAAAACAACUUACAAAAGCUACUUGAGAAUGGUGACUGACCAGCCAGAAGCUUGGACCAGUGCAAAACCUCGCACUUCCCUUGAAGUAGGUGCUCCCCAGGCAUUCUGGUGGAGCGCUCCCUGCUGGCCAGAGGAGCGAGCAGAUGGGCAGCCCCAGCCAUGCUUGCCCUUGGAGGUCUCCAGCUCAGGAAAGGGGGGAAGGGGAAUAAUUUUGGUUCCUGUGCAAUAAAAUUUGACCUUGACUCUCUGAGGAAGUUUUCAGGGCUGCUGCCUAAAGAAAACAGACCCAUCCCUGGAGGUCUCAGGAAGGGCCUGGCAGACUUGGACGAUUGUGGUUCAGUGGGUUAUCGUGACUAUGUCAGCAAUACUGACAUACUCCUCCACUCCAUGCCUUUUCAGUCCUACCCACCUGCCUUUUCUCUCCUGUACACCCCUCUUAACCAACCUUCAAACUAAGGGAUAUAUCGUGUGCCAACAAACUCGAUAGGAUCCUUUAAAGAAUUUGCCAUGACUCUCC